UUUUUAAUUUGUUCAAAUAUAUAUAUAAUUAAUGGUUGGAUGUUGGCGUAGGUUGGAAGGAGAAUAGAUAUAUUAUCCAUUUGUCCCCGAACGUAAAAUUCAUUACUCAUUCAGACGGCUAAGAAAGAUGGAAGAAGAAGAGAGCGAAGGAAUUAUUUAUUUAUCUUCGAUGCCAGAAGGAGUCGUGGCUAACAUCUUGUCGCUGACGACUCCAUCGGAUGCCUGCAGAUCGUCGGCGGUUUCGGGGACUUUCCAUGCGGCGGCGCAGUCGGACAUCUUAUGGAACAACUUCCUGCCCAUCGAUUGGGAAUCUUUGGUUUCUCGGAGGAAAACCAGUGACCUGAAUUUUGAUCCAAUUUCCAGUUCGAAAAAGGAGAUCUUUUUCUCCCUCUGCGACUGCCCACUGCUGAUUGAUGACGGCAACAAGAGCUUUUCAUUGGACAAAUGGAGUGGUAAAAAAUGCAUAAUGCUUGGAGCAAGGGACCUGAAGAUUAUUUGGACCGACACCCCUGACUAUUGGACUUGGAUAUCACAUCCUGAGUCGAGGUUCGGGGAGGUGGCUGUUCUCCUCCAGGCGUGGUGGGUUGAGUUACGUGGAAAGAUAAGCUGCAAAAUGUUGUCCGCUGCAACAACUUAUGCAGCUUACUUCGUGUUUAAAAUGAAUGAACGAUAUUAUGGGUUCGAUAUAGUUCCUGCUGAUGCCAAGGUGGGAAUCGUUGGCGGUGAAUGCUGCACCAUUAGUGUGGGUUUGGACCCUUAUUUAGACAACUCUCAACGGAAGCGCCAACGUUUAGUAUGGAUGGGAAGCAAUACGCCUGGACAUCGCCAACGCUUACGAUGGAUGGGAAGCAAAACCCAUGCGCCUGGAAUUAACAUGUCAGGGAUGGCGCUGCCAAAGGAGAGACAUGACGGUUGGUUUGAAAUCGAGAUGGGAGAGUUCCAUAAUAAUGGUGGAGAUGAUGAAGUUGAGAUGGUUCUGAAGGAGGUUAAUUGCAAUUAUUCCAAGUGUGGCCUCAUCGUUCAAGGGAUAGAGAUUAGGCCUAAAAAGUCAGUUCUGCAUAGAUGAUAGAUCACAGAUGGAGUGUUGUGAACUUCGGUAAUGCAAUAAACAUGGGACCACCGAAAACUUUGCGUUGUAUAUGGACAUAGGACAGGCAAGUAAACAGCUAUUACAUUUCAACCUAAAUGUUACUAUUUUCAUUUCUCACCUUGAAA